AUGCCUACUGAGAAAGAACAAGCAGCAUCAAAGGACGCUCAACAGCAGAAACCAGCUGAGAAGAAGGUGCCCAACAAGAAGAAGGAUGAGAAGAAGGAUGAUGACUUGUCACCAGAGGAUGAGAAGUUAAAGGCCGACUUGGAGUUAUUGGUCGAGCGUACAAAGGAUAGCAAUGCAGAGAUUGUAUUGGCAUCGCUCGAGUCUCUAAAGGGUGAGAUCAAGUCUUCAACCAGCUCAAUGACAUCAGUGCCCAAGCCACUCAAGUUCCUCAGAGCUCACUACAAUACAAUGGUUGAGACAUACAAGACAAUGAAUGAAGGCAAGCCAAAGAAAUCAUUGGCAGAUAUACUCUCAGUGUUGGCAAUGGCGAAUGGUAAUGAGGAGAUAAGGGAUACGUUGAAAUACAAGUUGCUGGGAUCUGGCGAACAGAUAUCUUCAUGGGGUCACGAGUACGUCCGUCAUUUGGCCAUGGAGAUUGGUGUCGACUAUGACAUCCGCAAGGUCGAGAACCAGUCUGUCGACGACCUGCUGGCACUGGUCGACGAGAUCGUCCCCUUCCAGAUGGCACAUAACGCCGAGCCAGAGGCCUGUGACCUGCUGCUCGAGGUUGAGCAGCUGCCCAAGCUCUUCAACUUUAUCGACGAGAACAACUAUCCCCGUGUCUGUCUUUAUCUCACCAGCGCCGCAUACUACGUGCCAGGCCCCGAUGACAUCAACAUCCUCAAGGUCGUCGUCGAGAUAUACAUCAAGGUCAAGCAAUACCCAGACGCUCUCCGUGUUGCCCUGAGGAUUGGUGAGCCAGCUCUCGUCUCCAACAUAUUCAGACUCGCUGAGAAGAACACGACCAUUCUUCAACAGUUGGCAUACAUUGCCGCCAGACAUAAGAUUGUUCCAACCGAUGUUGACAUCUCUUCGGUCGAGGAGAUCAUUAACAACACUCAUCUUAGCGAAUACUUUUUGAACCUUGCCAAUGACCUCGACGUCCGUGAGCCCAAGCUUCCAGAGGACAUCUUCCAAUCGCACCUGGAGAACUCCACCGGUGUCGCCCCCGAGUCGGCCAGAAUCAACCUUGCCUCCUCCUUUGUAAAUGCCUUUGUCAACUGUGCCUUCACCAAGGAUAAGUUGAUGACUGAAGAUGAGAAAUGGUGGUACAAGAACAGAGAUCUCGGUAUUAUGAGUACAGUCGCAUCGCUAGGAAUGGUUCAUUUGUGGGACAUUGACAAUGGCCUCAACAAGAUUGAUAAGUACCUUACGUCCACCGAUGAGAAUGCAAAGAGUGGAGCUAUAUUGGCAAUUGGAAUCCUUUCAUCGGGCAUUCGCAGUGAGGUCGACCCAGUUAUUGCGCUGAAUGUCGAGCAUCUCUCCCAUCCAUCCGUCACAGUCAGGACGGCCGCCGUGCUGUCGCUGGGCUUUGCCUACGCUGGCACUAGACGCGAGGACCUCCAGUCCUACAUCUUGCCAAUCGUCGAAGACAACUCUGUUGGAAUGGAGCUGGUUGGAAUUGCUGCACUUGCUCUUGGUCUGAUCUACGUGGGCAGCUGUGACGACUCGUUGUCCACCCUGUUUGUCCAGACACUGUUGACUCGCGACAAGACCUCCCUCACAAGCUCCUACUGCCGUUUCCUGCAUCUGGCCCUUGGUCUCCUAUAUCUGGGCAAGCAAGAGGAGGCUGAGCUCACACUCGAGACACUCAAGGCCAUCGAGGGUGCCCCAGGUGAAUACGCUCGUCUCACAUUGGAGAGCUGUGCUUUCGCCGGCACUGGAAACGUGCUCAAGGUACAAAACAUGCUCCACCUCUGCUGCGACGGUAAGGAGAACCCCAACCAUUCGUUGGCCGUCCUCUGUAUCUCGCUGAUAGCCAUGGGUGAGGAGAUUGGCUCAGAGAUGUGUCUCCGUUCCUUUGACCAUCUGCUCCAGAAGGGCAACAUCAACAUUCGCCGUGCCAUCCCAAUGGCCCUCGGUCUGUUGUCUGCCUCCAACCCACGUAUUGCCGUCAUGGAUAUCCUGUCCAAGUUGUCCCACGACCAGGACCCCGAGGUUGCCCAGGGUGCCAUCAUUUCUCUCGGUCUCAUUGGAGCCGGUACCAACAACGCCCGUAUUGGAGGCCUUUUGAAGGCAUUGGCUGUGUUCUAUGCCAAGGAGACUCAUCUCUUCUUUGUCCGCAUGGCACAAGGUCUCCUCCAUCUUGGCAAGGGUACUCUGACCCUCAACCCAUAUCACAGUGAUCGUAACUUGAUGUCACCAGUUGCUGUCAGUGGUCUAUUGGUCCUUCUUCAUGCUGGUUUGGAUAUUAAGAACUUGUUGUUUACAAAGGCUCACUAUUUAUUCUACUCUAUUGUCCUGGCGAUUCACCCAAGAAUGCUGAUGACAUUGGAUGAGAAGCUCAACCCACUGCCAGUGUCUGUGCGUGUUGGACAGAGUGUAGAUACAGUUGGUCUGGCAGGCAAGCCCAAGACCAUCACCGGUUUCCAGACACAUACCACACCUGUACUAAUAGGAUAUAGCGAGAGAGCAGAGUUGGCCACUGACGACUACAUUCCAUUGUCAUCAGUCUUGGAAGGUAUCGUUAUUUUGAAGCCCAACCCUAAUGCCACCCAAGAACCAGCUUCAAAGUCUAAGAAGUGA